AUGCAUUCUCACCUCCACACUUCUUACAAUGCCAAUUGCGAAGAGAUCAUGACUGCUCUGGAUGAGUGUCACGCCAAGGGAUUCCUGCACAAAGUCAUUGGAAGCUGCAACGAUAUCAAGCGUGACGUGAACAAAUGCCUCUCCGCAGAGCGAUACGAGCGGGCAAAGCGCAACCGAGACGAUGCGCGCAGCAACCGCCGGCGUGUCGAGGAGAUCUGGGCCAAGGAGCGCGAGCUUGAUCAAGGGCCUGCUCCGGCUACUGCAGCGGCCAAUGUCGCAGCGGCCGCCAGUACUAGUGCUACGAAGCAAUAG